AUGUUACUCGUUGAUGGCUCGUCAUCAGGCAUCUCGCACGCCGAGGCGGAGAAGGUCGUCGCGGGCUCAAGCCGUGCCAAGGCCGCCGCCGCCGCGGACGACCCAUUCGGCGACGACGGCGGCGACGGCACCCUGAAGAAGGACGAGGUGACGACGAUCAUGGGGUACCCGCCGGAUGGCUUCCAGUGCGGCUGUUUGGAGGUCAUCGUCCAUCCCGAGCUGGACCUGCUCGCCAUGGCGCCCACCGGCUCUGGCAAGACAGCGGUCGCGCUGAUGGCCAUCCUGCAGGCCUUCCGGCGCGGCAAGAAGGCGGUCUACACGUCGCCGAUCAAGGCGCUCUCAAACCAAAAGUACGCAGAGUUCAAGGCCUGGUUCUCGAAGCGAGGCAUGGCGAGCGCCGGCGUCGCGCUGCUCACCGGCGACAUCAAGAUCCGCUCGCCGCCCGGCGUCAAGCACGAGCUCAUCAUCUGCACCUCCGAGAUUCUGCGCAACAAGCUCGGGACGAGCAUGCGCGACCUCGACCUCGACAACCUCGGCCCUUGCGUCGUCGUGUCUGAUGAGAUCCACUACAUCAACGACAGCGAGCGAGGCACCGCCUGGGCGGCCCUGCGCCACCUGCCGUGA